GCUAACUGUUGGCUGUUAACUGAAUGUGCGUCUUCUUGAAUGUGGCCAAGCAGUGAGCGGUGAGUGCUGCCAAGUCUUAACAAGUCGCAAGGUCGUCGAAUGCAUUUGGCAAAAGAGUCACGCCUCAAAAGCAUUUUACAAACAUUCAAAAUCAGGUCAAAUCUGCACUAGUAGCUGGCUUCAAAAUUGGGUUAAAAUAAAUCAACGACAGCAGCUACUUACUGAAACCACAAUUGAUGCGCAUAACAAAUACCUAGAUACAAUAAUAAACCAGUUUCAAUCACGUAAGAGAAAACCACGCCACGUGUGGGUGACUGACUGACUUACUGACUGACUGAUUGACCGACUGACUAAUUGACUACCCCAUUCGCAUUUCUAAUUGAAACUUUCCACUUGCCCCUUGUCGAAUCUAUCGAUUAACGCUUAUCGAUUGGUUUUGCCAUAAUCUUAAGAUCACUUUCAUUUAACUUAGUUAAGCCCGCCUGUGUCUAAGUCGGAACGAUUAAUCAAAGAUCUCUGAACGGUAUUCAGUUUGAUGAAGUUGAUUAAGUUUCUCGCGUGUGUGUAAAAGAAAAUUAAAGUAAUGCCAUUGAAUGAAUGGCAGCUGCAUGACAAUUACCAAUACCCAAAACCCAAAAGCCAACACAAAUCGCAUUCACUUUCGUAGCCAUGGAAAUGACUCGGAUUCGGAUUGAAAAAAAAUUCGAAAAACUUGGACAAAUAUGGUGGUACGUGCCACGAAUUUGGAUCAACAGGCAGACGCAGCCAUGUUGCGGGUGGUGGCUCGGCUUUGCUAAAGUGCCGUCCGUUGGAUUACCGAAUGCAAAUUUCUGCGAAUGAAUCUCGUCGCCUACUGGCAUAUAAAAGUCAGCGUUUUUUUGGUAAUGGCAUGUCAGUUCAUUUUUGAUAACCGACGGUGACAAUCCAAUAAACCCACCCCCAAGCCACACAAUGAAUCCUUUGACGCUUGUUGCAGUCCUUUCCACCAUGGCGCUAUCGGCUCAGGCGCAUUUGGCUGCUGCUCCGGCUGCUCUGAACUACGCAGCACCACUGGGUGCCGCUCCCUACUUUGCACCGGCACCACUGCGCUAUGCUGCUCCAGCUGCGUACGCUGCACCACUGGGCCUGGCUGCGGCUCCAGCUGCCUACUCUGCACCACUUGGUUUUGCUGCUGCUGCCCCGUACACCACACCCUUUGGCUACUCUGCUCCCUUGGUGCAGAAGACCUUCGCCGCUGCUCCAUUUGCUGCUCCUCUGGCUGCCGGUCCAUUUGCUGCUCCAGUUGCCGCUCCUCUUGCUGCUGCUCGUCUGGCUGCUCCAGUUGCCGCUCCUCUGGCUGCUGCUCCUUUUGCUGCUGCUCCUUUUGCUGCUCGUCUGGCUGCUCCAGUUGCCGCUCCUCUGGCUGCUCCAGUUGCCGCUCCUCUGGCUGCUGCUCCCGUUGCCGCUCCUCUGGCUGCUGCUCCCGUUGCCGCUCCACUUGCUGCUCCAGUUGCGCCCGUGCUUGCCAAGACUGAGAUCGUGGAUGCUUACCCACAGUACAGGUUCGCCUAUGAUGUCCAGGAUACGCUGACCGGCGAUUCCAAGACCCAGGAGGAGACCCGUGAUGGCGAUGUCGUUCGUGGCUCCUACUCCCUGAUUGAGGCCGAUGGUUCCCGUCGCAUUGUCAGCUACUAUGCCGAUGACAUCAAUGGCUUCAACGCCGUCGUCCAGAAGGAUGUCCCGGUUGUCGCCGCUCCCGUUCCAGUUGCUCCCGUUGUGGCCAAGCUGAGGACCUUUGCUGCUGCCCCCGUUGCCGCACCAGCUCCAUUGCUUGCCAAGACCUUCUCCGCUCCCAUUGUUGUCUAAAGUGGCGCAGGAGGCGGUAUAAUUAGUGGGAGGCGUGUCGUCAUAGCUUGCGCCUUUGUGUGAAAUG